UCGCCGCAUUGGAACACCCCCCCCCCCCCUCUCUCUCUCUCUCUCUCUAGAUGAAACCGCCGCCGUAUAAGACCCCGGUGAUCCGGUCGCGAAGCUUCGCUCCGCGCUGAAUCGAACGGCGUUCUGGUAAUUCCUAUUUAAUCAACAGAAGCCGCGGUGUGGACUGCGGACCAGGUUUCUGUCAUUUUAUCGAGGAAAUUGUUAUUUUCCGGCUGCAAAAUUUGGACAGCUGUGUGUAAAACGUAACAGUAUCGGUCGAUUAGGGGAGUAGAGUUCUGGUUUGUGCUUGGGGGUUUCUGGUGAGAUUCAUCCCCUUUUAGCAGCGUAGGAAGCAAGGGCGAGGUUCUUGAUUCUUCGCGAGAGCUGAUUGGAAAACGUGUGGAGCUGAAUUAAAAAGCCGGUGAAGUUUUUACCCCUGCGAGUGGAUUGGAGUUUGAAGGACAGCUAGGGUUUGAUUUGAAGUGGAUAUCAUCAUGGAGGAGUGCGAGAAAUCAUCGCCGGUGGCGGGUUCUACAGCUUCUGGUGAACCUAGUGCAUCUUCGUCCGGCAAUCAAAUGACACCGCCUCCAGAGCCUGCACCGAAGAAGAAGCGAAAUCUCCCUGGAAUGCCUGAUCCGGAUGCGGAGGUGAUUGCUCUGUCGCCGAAAACUCUGCUGGCAACGAAUCGAUUUGUGUGCGAGAUCUGCAACAAAGGCUUUCAGCGAGACCAGAAUCUGCAACUUCACCGCCGGGGACAUAACUUGCCGUGGAAGCUGCGGCAGCGGACGAGCAAGGAGGUCCGGAAGCGAGUCUAUGUUUGUCCUGAGCCAACCUGCGUCCACAACGAUCCCCGGAGAGCCCUCGGUGAUCUCACCGGCAUAAAGAAGCAUUUCUGCCGAAAACACGGCGAGAAGAAGUUCAAGUGCGAGCGAUGCUCGAAGAAGUACGCCGUCCAGUCCGAUUGGAAGGCGCAUAUGAAGAUCUGUGGCACCCGAGAGUACAGAUGCGAUUGCGGGACUUUGUUUUCCAGGAGGGAUAGCUUCAUCACUCAUAGGGCCUUCUGCGAUGCCUUGGCGCAGGAGAGUGCCAGAUCUCAAACGCUACCCGUCUCUGAUCCAGAGGAGGCUCUGAAGGUUCAGAAUGUUGCGUCGUCAACUUCUAGCCCGUCGCCGCCUCCGGUUACUCCAUCCACCGGCGUUCUCUCUCCGGUUCGGUCUAUUCAAAGCUCAGAGGCACCUGUUAAUCCGGCGGCGCUAGUACAGCUACAACCGGCCUCGGAAACUCCCAAUAAUCCAGCGGCAGCGGCGGCGGCAGGGUUGGCCACUACAGCUGCCAGUGGCUCUUCCUCCUCCAGCGGCAGUGGAGCCAAGGCCAAGAGCGGCGUGUUCGCGAGUAUAUUUGCAUCUUCUUCGGCGCCUGUCGGGAACUCGCAAUCAUCCCAAUCGCCAUCUUCGUUCUCCGACAUGCUCUGUACCAUGGCUGGUCCAGAACAUCACAUGGCGGAGCCGGUGUCCCUCUCUCUAUCCUCGUCGCUCUAUCUGUCUAAUAGCUCCCCCUCCCUGUUUGCAGCCGCCAGGCUAGACAACUCCCCCCACUAUGCUCAGUCUCAACAGCCUGCUCUCUCUGCCACCGCAUUGCUCCAGAAAGCCGCCCAAAUUGGUGCAACCAGAUCCAGCUCGUCGUUCCUUCGAUGCCUCGGCUUGGAACUGCCCUCUUCGGCUGACAACCAAAACACCACUCCAACUGGUGGUGGCUCCACCAACCCGGCUGCUCCUGCUGCACAAUGGAGGAACAACCAUGGCCAUGUCCAGCGGGAGAGCAACUCGGUGGCAGCUGAUCUGGGACUUGGUCUUGCCCCGAAUGGGUCCUCUGGUUUGCCUGACAUGAUGAUGGGACCAUCCUCGCUGUAUGGGAACAAGCCAGCCACACUGGAUCUGCUUGGGCUGGGGAUAGGCGCUGCUGGUGGAGCCUCCACCGCUGGCUUCUCGGCAUUGCUUACAUCCAUGGCCUCAUUUGGAGGAGUAAAUUCGUCCGAAGACCCUUGGAAAGGAUAACCUGAGAGGAAGUCUUGUCAGCUCUAGCAAACCCAUUAAAAACUGCCCUUCAUCUCUCCCUUGGUUUUUGAGUUGGAGAGAUUAGAUUUGUUUUGUUUUAUUAAUUUACUAUAUAUAUAUAUUUGCCUUCAUAUAUAAAAUAUAUAUAUAACUAUAUAUAAAUUCAUAAUGUAGGUAAUUGGUUUA